AUGGCGACCAAGCUGUACCGGAGCCGUGCCCUAGCCGGCCUGCGACAAGGCCGUGUCGCUGAGGCGCGCGCUUUCUCGACCUCCAUCCCUCAAUUGGUCGGCUACCCCGUCGGCCAGCCAAAGGAUGCUCAAAACGUUCGCUCGGCCGCCCGCCAGGAGGCUCCCUCGCCUCUCACGGCGCCCGUCGUCAACCCCGCCGACAAGUACGCCACCAAGAGCGACAACUUGCACAAGUAUGGCGCCUGGGUCAUGGGUUGCCUGCCGAAAUAUGUCCAGCAAUUCUCCGUCUGGAAGGACGAGCUCACCAUUUACAUCCCCCCCUCGGGCGUCAUUCCCGUUAUUUCUUUCCUGAAGUACAACACCUCUGCCGAGUUCACGCAGGUCAGCACCGUCACGGCCGUCGAUUACCCCACGCGCGACCAGCGAUUCGAGAUUAUCUACAACCUUCUCAGCGUUCGCUACAACUCCCGAAUCCGCGUCAAGACCUACGCCGAUGAGGUUUCUCCCGUGCCCAGCAUCACGAGCCUCUUCGACGGAGCCAACUGGUACGAGCGCGAGGCCUACGAUCUUUUUGGAAUCUUCUUUGUCGGCCACCCCGAUCUCCGCCGUAUCAUGACCGACUACGGCUUUGAGGGCCACCCCCUUCGCAAGGAUUUCCCCCUCACCGGCUACACCGAGAUCAGGUUCGACGAGGAGAAGAAGCGCAUCGUCACUGAGCCUCUCGAGCUGACCCAGGCGUUCCGCAACUUUGAGGGUGGCACCAGCGCCUGGGAACAGAUUGGCGCCGGCGACGAUCGCAGGCCCGAGAGCUUCAAGCUGCCAACGCCAAAGCCCGAGGAGGAGCCGAAGAAAUAG